AUGGCUGGUUUACGUGGCUGGUAUAAGGUGUUCAUCCUUGUGGUGUUCUUCGCCUGCUUGACCAGUGCCGACCAAGGAGACCUCGGUUCCCGUAACAACAGUGAGCCAUUCCUGUUGGUGGCUGAUCGUGAUGGAUCCACCAUUCUCCAAAUUAACAUCACUUCCGGAUCAAAGGUCACACUGCCCCUGGUAGAUGUUGGAAACCCCCACGCGCUGGACCACGACCCGCUCACCGACUACGUGUACUGGUCAGAUGGAGGGAACAACAACGUCAAACGGGCUCGUCGUGAUGGAAGUGGCAUGGAGACCAUCAUAGAUACCGGCAGCCCUGUCUUUGGCCUGGCGUUGGACCACGCUGGGGGGAAUAUCUACUGGUCUGCCUUAAGCACAGACACCAUCUCUGUAGCAAAUAAGAACGGAUCGUCCGCCAGAACUCUUCUGACGUCACCAGCCAUUGGAAACCCUGAGGGUCUGGUCCUGGACCCCAGGAAUGGAUUCCUGUACUGGGUGGACGAUAAUGCCAGGAUUGUCCGUGCUGCGAUGGAUGGUAGUACCAAAACCAAUAUCAUCGUGGAUCUAAAUGCUCCCUCAGCCAUUGCAAUAGACUUCUAUGAGGAUCGGCUGUACUACCGUCAUCAGGACUACGGCAUCUACAGCUCAGACCUGCUGGGCAACGAUAUCCGACAGGUGCUGUAUGAAGACGGGAAGUGGAUUGAGGGAAUCGCGGUUGAUGAGGACUUCGUCUACUGGUCCUCUCACUGGUGGGAUUCAUCAUCAUCAUCCCUGCAGGGAGAAAUCGGAAAGCUGUCCAAGUCCGACCUGACCAAGACUGUGCUGGUGGGUGGCCUGGAGGCCCCAUACGGCAUCUACCUGUCCACGGCAGCGCCUCCUGGCGUCACCACUGUGACACCUUCGACAACAUCACCCACGACUGUCGUGCCCAGCACCGAACCCACGACUGUCGUGCCCAGCAUCAAACCCACGACUGUCCUGUCCAGCACCGAACCCACGACUGUCGUGCCCACCACCGAACCCACCACUGUCGUGCCCAGCACCGAACCCACGACUGUCGUGCCCAGCACCGAACCCACGACUGUCGUGCCCAGCACCAAACCCACGACUGUCGUGCCCAGCACCGAACCCACGACUGUCGUGCCCAGCACCGAAUCCACAACUGUCGGGCCCAGUACCGAACCCACGACACCGGCCACCACACCUUUUACUGGAGAUCUCGGCUCCCGUAACAACAGUGAGCCAUUCCUCUUGGUCGCUGACAAUAGUGGAGACACCAUUCUCCAAAUCAACAUCACUUCCGGAUCAAAGGUCACACUGCCACUUGUAGGUGUUGUAGCGCCCUGGGCCCUGAACUACGACCCGCUCACCGACUACGUGUACUGGUCAGAAUAUAGCGGCAACGUCAAACGGGCUCGCCGUGAUGGAAAUGGCAUGGAGACCAUCAUAGUCACCGGCAGCAGCAAUGUCCCAGGCCUGGCGUUGGACCACGCUGGGGGGAAUAUCUACUGGUCUGUCUACAGCACAAGCACUAUCUCUGUAGCAGAGAAGGACGGAUCGUCCGCCAGGACACUUCUGACGUCACCGGACAUCUUGCAGCCUGGGCGCCUCGUCCUGGACCCCAGGCAUGGAUUCCUGUACUGGGUGGAAAGUGGAGCCAGGAUUGUCCGAGCUGCGAUGGAUGGUAGUAACAAAACCAUAAUCGUCAAUGGUCUGACUGAUCCCUUCGCCAUUACAAUAGACUACUAUGAGGAUCGGCUGUACUACCGUGAUCAGCGGUACCGCAUCUACAGCUCAGACCUGCUGGGCAACGAUAUCCGACAGGUGCUGUUUGAAGACGGGAAGUGGGUUAAUGGAAUCGCGGUUGAUGAGGACUUCGUCUACUGGUCGUCAUCAUCCCAUCAGGGAGAAAUCGGAAAGCUGUCCAAGUCCGACCUGACCAAGACUGUGCUGGUGGGUGGCCUGGAGGCCCCAUACGGCAUCUACCUGUCCACGGCAGCGCCUCCUGGCGUCACCACUGUGACACCUUCGACAACAUCACCCACGACUGUCGUGCCCAGCACCGAACCCACGACUGUCGUGCCCAGCACCGAACCCACGACUGUCAUGCCCAGCACCGAACCCACGACUGUCGUGCCCAGCACCGAACCCACGACUGUCGUGCCCAGCAUCAAACCCACGACUGUCCUGUCCAGCACCGAACCCACGACUGUCGUGCACAGCACCAAACCCACGACUGUCGUGCCCAGCACCGAACCCACGACUGUCGUGCCCAGCACCAAACCCACGACUGUCGUGCCCAGCACCGAACCCACGACUGUCGUGCCCAGCACCGAACCCACGACUGUUGUAUCCAGCACCAAACCCAUGACUGUCGUGCCCAGCACUGAAUCCGCAACUGUCGGGCCCAGUACCGAACCCACGACACCGGCCACCACACAUUUUACUGGCUGUCCUCCUGGCUACUCUGCCCAUGGGGGUUCGUGCUUCAAGGCGUACAACCAAGGCAAAACCUACAACCAGGCCAGGAAGGUGUGUGCAGCGAACAGGGGGCUUCUGGCCAUGCCGAAGGACGAAGACGCGGACGACUUCUUGAGGGACCUGAAGGACACCGUGGAUCCCAACUCCCCUUUCUGGUUUGGCAUGAGCGAUCAGAGUGGCGAGGGAAGGUGGGUGUGGGAAGAUGGGACUCCGUACAACACAGCCGCGAACUGGCCGAAUGGGGGGUGGCAGCCGGGGGAACCCAACAAUGAAGGGGAAGGAGAAGUCUGCGCCAACCACUUCCGUUCCGGCUGGAACGACGCGCCCUGCUCGACUCCACACAACUUCAUCUGUCAGCUGAAUGAUGCAAUCGACUGCCCCCUGGGGUACCACCAGUGCGGACACGGAAAUGCCUGCAUCCUGGCGUGGCAGCGGUGCGACGGGCGGACGGACUGUACAGACGGGAGUGACGAGGAAAAUUGUGUGUGCCUGCCAACUCCUGUGGAUCUGAACCUCGGCGGCAGACUUGCGAUGCUGCCGAAUCAGCUGGAACAGACGACGUUUGAGGAGAUACAGAAUUCCUCUGUCGUGGAGCUGCUCGACAGUUCGACCAGCAACGCAGAGAACCAACAUCCUGAGUUCCGGGAAUUCGUAUCUACGGUCAUCUUCCCGCGAUGUCUUGUCUCCGAAGAGAACAACACAUCCUGCACUUUGUCUCCACAUGGAGACAACACGGCCUCGUGCAUGACACAACUGCUGCCGUGCCGCUCGUGGUGUGAGGAAGUUCUCCACAAGGCUGAUGACCGGACGAAGAACCGGUUCCCUACCUGUGACCUGUUUCCGUCACCACCACACGCCUGUUGGAACCCGGAGCCAGACAAGAAGUACAACCAAAUUUGCUACUAUGGCAACGGUAUGAACUACCGCGGUACAUGGAAUGAAACUUCAUCCGGGGCAGAUUGUGUGGAGUGGUCCGCUGCGCAGGCUGGUUUCUACCCGACCAAGUACCCCUGGGCUAACCUGGAGAACAACUACUGCCGCAACCCGACUGGACUCGGGCAGCCAUUUUGCAUGACGGAAGAUGGCAGCCAGGAGGACUGUGACGUCAUUCAGUGCAAGCUCUUUCUCUGCGAGGACCUGGGUCCUCCAAACUACGGCCACAGAACCCCUCUCAAAAGGCACUACAACGUGGGGGAUAGGGUCGCGUACACCUGCAACGUGGGGUACUCACUAAAGCCCGGGGCUCCCACCGACGUGAGGUGCACUGAUGGAGGCCUCUGGCAGUAUGACAAGCCCAGCUGCUCAGUGGAUUUCAAGGGUAGGCUGGAAAAGGAGAUACUCGAUGUGUACAACGCAAACCAGGCGCCUGGGGCUGAGACUGAACCUGACAGUAAGACUGAGACUGAAACUGACACUAUGACUGAAACUGACUCUAAGACUGACGCUAUGACUGAAACUGAGACUGAGACUGCAACUGAAUCUAAAAAUGACACUUUGACUGAAACCGAGACCGAGACUGAAUCUAAAAAUGACACUAUGACUGAAACUGCAAAGCUCUCUCGGUCCGUCAUCCGCUUCAAUGGCUCUGUCGAACAGAUCGUCGACUUGGACGAGAAGAAGGAGCUGCUGAUUACCUCUGUUGCCAUCAACUUCACCUGGCAGGACAGCCGGCUGAAGUGGGAGCCAGAGUACUACGGGAACACUAGGAAUCUCACCUUGCCGGGCAGCAGCAUCUGGACCCCGGCAUUUACUCUGAAGAAGAAUGCUGACCCUUUGUACCGAGGCCUGCCAAAGGACGUACCGAUCGUGAUCAGCACUGAUGGUACGGUAACAUGGAGGGUGGAGACUCUGACCAGCACCAUCUGUGAUGCAAACCCGUUCUUCUUCCCUGCCGACACCAUGGAAUGCCACAUCUGUUUCUCUGUGUCCCCUGCAAUUGAAAAAACCAUCGAAUGCGGAGGGGGGAGUUCCUGUGACGUCUGGUCUCCCCCACAAGACGAAGGCGAAUGGAUUCGGAAGGACAAGAUCUUCGCUAAAGGCGGCAAGGAGUCGUGCUUCGCUGUUUAUCUGCAAAGGGUCCCGCUGUUCCACAUCGCCACUACUGUUACCCCCUGUGCCAUCCUGGUGGUGCUGAUGAUCAUCACCUUCAUCAUGCCCAUAGACAAGGGAGACCGGAUCUCCUUCGGAGUGACCAUCCAGCUCUCCAUGGUCGUGUCUCUCGUGUUUGUCACGGACGUACUUCCUGUGAAAGGAGCGCUGCCAUAUUUCGCCUCUCUGAUCGUCGUGUGCAUGGCGCUGAUGGGACUUUUCCUCCUCUUCACCUUGUACAUCAUCAGCAUCCACGACAAGGAGGGCAGUCUGUCUCCGAUGGCGAAGACUUUCUUUCUCUACUACAUGGCAAAGUUCCUGCUGCUCGGAGACCUCACAGAGAAGGAGGCUGCGAGCGGGGAUGGAGAGGCUGGCCUGACCGGCGGGAAGCUGGCCUGGCCUGAGCGGGCCAACCGCGUGGUCCCUGCCGAUGACGUGGUGGUGACCGACGUGGAGACCCCUGUUGCUGUCCCCGAGACAACCCGCCAGCCCACCCGCCUGGAGGCAGCCCUGGAGGAACAGACCUCCUGCCUGCGUAAUCUGAUCCGCAUGGCUGAGGAGCAGGUGAUGAAGAACGAGCCGGAGGUAUCCGAUUACACCCUGCUGACCCAGGUGCUCGACAGACUGUGCCUUGUCCUGUACGUCAUCAGCCUUGCCGUGGCCGUGCCCAUGACCAUGUAUCUGGGCAAGUAAAGGGAGUGUUCCAGUUUUCUCAGCAUAGUCUGAGCAUAGGGGCCCCUAUGCCGUAAUUUUGACCCCCUAUGCUGAGAUUUGAACCCCCUAUGCUGCGAUUUUGACCCCCCCCAUGCUGUCAUUUGGACCCCUAUACUGUGAUUUGGACCGCCUUUGCUUUGAUUUAGACCCAAAUGCUGUGAUUUUGCCCCCACAUGCUUUGAUUUGGACACCCUAUGCUGUGAUUUGGAUCCUUAUGUUGUGAUUUGGACC